CAGCUCGUCCUGUCCUCCUCCAGCCUCUCCCUCCAGCCAUGGCUCUCAGCAGUGACCCAGUGUACCAGAAACUGGCCAAGUGGUAUGAGGCCAACCAUGCCAGUCUCAACAUGAGGCAGCUGUUUGAGGCUGACAAGGACAGGUUCUCCAAGUUCAGUAAAACACUUCAAACUGGCGAUGGCGACAUCUUGGUGGAUUUCUCCAAAAACCUCAUCACUGAGGAUGUCCUGAAGUUGCUGGUGGAGUUGGCUCGCUCAAGAGGUGUUGAAAAUGCCAGAAAGUCCAUGUUCUCGGCCGAGAAGAUUAACUUCACUGAGAACCGUGCAGUUCUGCAUAUUGCUCUGCGCAAUCGUUCAAACACCCCUAUCAAGGUCGAUGGCAAGGACGUGACCCCAGAAGUCAAUGCUGUGUUGGAGAAGAUGAAGGCUUUCUGCCAGAAAGUUCGUAGCGGGGACUGGAAGGGAUACACUGGGAAGUCAAUCACUGACGUGGUAAACAUCGGCAUUGGUGGCUCUGAUCUGGGUCCUCUGAUGGUGACUGAAGCCCUUAAGCCAUAUUCCAAAGGAGGUCCUCGCGUGUGGUUUGUAUCCAACAUUGAUGGAACUCACAUUGCCAAAACUUUGGCAGAACUCAAUCCAGAGACCACGCUUUUCAUUAUCGCAUCCAAGACCUUUACAACUCAGGAGACAAUCACAAAUGCUGAGACCGCCAGGGAAUGGUUCUUGAAUUCUGCCAAAGAUCAAUCUGCAGUUGCCAAGCAUUUUGUUGCUCUGUCGACCAAUGCUCCAAAAGUGAAAGAUUUUGGAAUAGACACCGCCAACAUGUUUGAAUUCUGGGAUUGGGUUGGCGGUCGUUACUCUCUCUGGUCAGCAAUCGGUCUCUCCAUUGCCCUUCACAUUGGUUUCGACAACUUUGAAAAACUAUUGUCUGGAGCUCACUGGAUGGAUAAUCACUUUUACAAUUCCCCCCUGGAAAACAACAUUCCCGUACUUCUUGCCGUACUGGGAGUUUGGUAUAUUAACUUCUACGGUUGCGAGACCCAUGCACUGCUGCCCUACGACCAGUACAUGCAUCGAUUUGCAGCCUAUUUCCAGCAGGGUGACAUGGAAUCUAAUGGUAAAUACAUCACAAAGACCGGGGCCCGUGUGAACUACAAUACCGGACCUGUGGUGUGGGGAGAACCUGGAACAAACGGUCAGCAUGCCUUCUAUCAGCUCAUACAUCAAGGUACUCGCUUGAUUCCUUGUGACUUCAUGGUUCCUGUGCAGACACAGAAUCCAAUCAGAAAAUGCCUUCAUCACAAGAUUCUCCUGGCUAACUUUCUGGCUCAGACUGAGGCUUUGAUGAAGGGCAAGUCUACAGAAGAAGCCAAAAAGGAGUUGCAAGCUUCUGGUCUGAGCGGAGAGGCACUGGAUAAACUGCUUCCUCACAAGGUCUUUGAGGGAAACAGGCCUACCAACUCUAUCGUAUUCACUAAACUUAACCCAUUCAUACUUGGGGCAUUGAUUGCCAUGUAUGAACACAAGAUCUUUGUUCAGGGUGUUAUUUGGGACAUUAACAGUUACGACCAGUGGGGAGUUGAGCUUGGGAAGCAGUUGGCAAAAAAGAUUGAGCCAGAGCUGGAGUCUGAUGCUGAAGUUACCUCCCAUGAUGGGUCUACAAACGGGCUCAUAAACUUCAUCAAGAAACACAGAGGCUGAACGUGGAGCUCUGUAAUCUGGCCACCAAAGGCUGCACACCCUGAUGUCCUGUCCUCGGCUUUCAGCAAAAUGGCACUUUCCUGUCUUUAGUCAGUUCUUGUAAUUGUGAAACUGUUAGUCUUCUGUUUGGAAAUAGUCUGUGAAGGAAAUAACGCAGGUGUUCUGGGCACGCUGCACUGUCGUGGCACACCAUGUGAAAUGCAGACUGCGUUCUGUUUUGACUGGUCACACGUCUCCCAAACACGUUUUUGUUUUUCUGUGCAUACGUUGGUUUACAGAAUAAAAAAAUAAAAGUACUUCACAAUA